AUGUUUCAACCCAGGAGUAGAACGUUGGACAUGAAUAUCAGUGCUGCCACUAGCAUGGGCUUUUUGCUUUUUGGCUAUGAUCAAGGAGUGAUGGGCGACAUUAUCGAUUCAACUUCGUUUGUGAACCAAUUCAACAACCCUUCGGCAUUACAACAAGGACUUAUCACUGGCCUCUAUGAUAUUGGCUGUUUGAUUGGAUCCCUUCUCACUCUAAUAAUUGGCGAGAAGCUAGGGAGAAGAAAGUCCAUUUAUAUUGGCUGCGUCUUCGUCAUUGUCGGGACAAUCCUCCAAGCUACCGCCAGGGUGAUCCCACACCUGAUGGUCGGUCGAGUUGUGACAGGAAUGGGCGUGGGUGUAAUGACAUCAAUUGUUCCCACGUGGCAAUCCGAAGUCCCAGGGGCAGAUAAUCGCGGUGUUUACCUCACAAUUCAAAGUGCCAACAUCAACACCGGCUUUCUCUUAUCGAACUGGAUAACAUUAGGAGCCUCGUAUGCCGCGUCACAAUUCCAGUGGAUUUUCCCUAUUUGUGUGCAGCUGAUAUUAGCAAGUUACCUUCUUGUAAGCGUCCCGUUCCUCGUCGAAUCUCCAAGAUGGGUCGCGAAUCACAAGUCGAUUGAGGAAGCGACGCGAAUCAUUGCUCGUCUCCAGGACCGUGACGAAAAUGACCCAGAAGUGCUUCGAGUCCGCGAUGAGAUUAGUGCGGCACUGGAAGAAGAGGGACAGAGUUCAUGGAGUGAUCUUUUCAAAAACGGAGGCCAGCAAAAUUUCCGCCGUAUGCUCUUGGGAUUUGGUGUUCUCUAUAUGCAGCAACUGACUGGUAUCAACUCGAUCGCAUACUACUUACCCAUCGUUCUCGUUGAAUACCUUCCUGUUAAAGAGAAUAUGGGUCACAUAAUUGCUGCAGUGGCUGCAACUCAAUAUGCAGUGUUCUCAUUCAUGCCAGUCUUAUUCAUUGAGAAGAUUGGUAGACGGACCAUCAUGCUGUGGGGUGCAGUGGCUAUGAUGAUCUUGUCGGCAUUGAUUGCGGUCGGCUUCAAUGUUCCAGGCCAAGGCGGUGCCAUCAUGACAGUUGUGAUGUAUUGUUUAUUCUAUGAUGCCUUUGGAAUGAGCUAUCUGAAUGUUCCAUGGAUGUAUGCACCGGAAAUCAAUUCCUUAAAAAUGCGUUCAAAGGGCGGUGCAGUUGCUUCGGCGUCAAACUGGCUGUUUAAUGGUAUCGUGGUCACCGUAACACCUUCAAGCCUUGCAGCCAUUGGCUGGAAAUAUUAUGUCGUCUGGGCUGUUUUUAACGCAUCGUUCAUACCGAUGGUUUAUUUCCUAUAUCCAGAAACCAAAGGUCUAUCCCUGGAGCAAAUUGAUUAUAUCUUUGAAGGCAAAGGGCAUGGAUGGAGUUGCUUUACUCAAGGUGUUCAAGAAAGUGUGAAAGGAGUGGCAGUGAUUGAAGCCAGUCGAGUGGAUCGUCGGCGACAUGAUAUUGAGAACGCACGAUAUGAUGAUUCAGAUUCAACUAAUGAGAAGGAGGCUCCGACUUCUGUCGGUCUUGAGCAUGUCAACUCUGAUUAG